CAGCCACACUGAACACACAGUGACAUCUGGUUCAGAAGAAGCAUCAACCAACAGGACACUGCUCUCACAGAGACUUUCUACUAAAAGAGUGAGUCAAAAUGCCUCUGAAGGUGGAGGGAGACCCAGGCUACGGCAGUAUGGUGGGUCCGGGGCUGUCAGGCAGUCUGGGGGGUUCAGAGACCCUUCCUCUGCUCAUCCCAUCUGACCUUGAACCAGAUCUGAAAGCCUGGAAGCCCAUGACCCGAGAACAGCUGGAGGCCGCUGCUGGAGGUCCAGGCUGGAAGAGGUUCCGCUCUCGGCUGGUGCUGCUGUUCUGGGUGGCAUGGCUGGCCAUGCUGGGGGCUGCGAUUGUGGUGAUCGUUCAGAGCCCUCGGCCUGUGGCCACUCCACUGCACUGGUGGCAGAAUAAGCUCUUCUACCGGCUGCAGCCAGUCCUGUUCCUGGACGUAAAUAACACUGAGUCCAGUGCUAUAAGCAAGGUAUCUGACAGGCUCCUCUAUCUCCAGUCUCUUGGAGUUGGGGUGAUGAUUCUGGAGGGCAUGUUCAUGAACAAAUCCUCCCCAACCAACCUGACUGAGAAUAACCAGCAGCUCGGCACCUUACCCCAGUUCCACCAGCUCAUCACGGACAGCAACAGAGCAGGUGUGAGAGUGAUUCUGGACCUCUGUGAUCUCGAUCUGUCCAGUGAGCCUCAGUUCAGUAAUGAAACCGUUAUCCUGGCAGGUGGCUCUGGUUAUGUUCAGGACUCAUUAAGAUAUUGGCUGGAGAGAGGUGUGUCAGGAUUUGAAAUCUGCGAAACAGACCACACUUUUUCUGAGAAGACAUUGACAAAGUGGAGAGAACUGGUUAAAGAGUUCAGCACAGACUACAAUCAAAGGAUUGUGAUGGUGAAGGAGAUAAGUGAUUCUUCUCCAGCACUCAACAUGUCCAAGCCCACUGUGAACAGCUCUCUGGUGGAUCUGGUCUUAAAGUCUCUGCUUCCUCAGUCCUCUUCUCCGUUAUCUGCAGCUGAGCUUACAGAAGUUAUGGAGACCACACUGAAGACCCUACAGGGAGAAUGGCCUAGUUGGACAGUGGAUGGACGAGUAUCCUGUCAGCUGCAGAAAGUCCUGAUGGUCCUGAUGAUGACCCUGCCGGGAACUCCUGUAAUCAGAUAUGGUGAUGAGAUCAGCCAGUCUGUGAAUAUAUCUGAAUAUGAGUCGACAAAGGACAGAGAGCAUCAAGAUCCAGCAGUAAAGUCGAAGCGCUCCACUUGGCUCUUCCAUUCGCUGAUCCGCGCUCGUUUCCGUGAAGAAGCUCUUCUGUAUGGCACCUUCACCUUUCUCCCAUUCAACAGCUCUGCCUACACAAACUCCACAGCCACACCCCCUCUGGCCUUCCUGCGCUCCUGGGGCUGUAGUCAUUUUCUGGUGUUGUUUAACCUGGGUUCAGAGACGCACAGUCUGGACCCGGACUGGGCUGGCAGUCUUCCUGAAGAGGGAGUGUACGUGACCAGUACAGGUCUGGACCGUGCUGGUGCUGUAUUCCUUCACUCCAUAAAGCUCCAGCCACAGGAAGCCAUUGUUAUUAAACUGUUUGAGGCACGUAGCGAAUACUGAGAUGAUGUGUGAUCAAAAAUGUAUUUAACAAAAGUAUUGGGACACCUGCACAUUUGUUUGUAUUGCUUUUGUGGGAGUAACUGUCUCUACUAGAUGUUUGAGCAUUUCUGUGAGGAUUUGAUUUCAUACAAUGAAAGGAGCUAGUGGCCAUUUAUGGGUGGACCAUUGUAAAAAAAAAAGGGCUUCACUAUUUCAGCCCUACUAGAAAAUGUCCUAAAGGAUGCUCUUCACAAUAGAGUAAAUGGGAUGUGGUGCUGUAUGUCCAGUUAGGUGUUACUCUAAUAGACGUGUUCAACCAGUGAAUGUUAUGCAAUGCAGGGCUAUAAAAGGUGUCUUUACAUGUUAUUGUUUCAGCAGUUUAGUGUAACCUGUAUUUGUCAUUUCUAACUGAAUUAAUACAGUCCUUAACUGGAAAGUCCUAUAACUAUACUGCUAAAAAUGGAACAAAUGUGUGAAAUAAACUGUUUUAGAUAAAUUUGCAAAUAAUGUCACGUAACCAUUUUAAACACUUAAUUUCUAACCACCUCCUCUAAGCCUGCACCACUUUUAUUAAUUUUUUUAAAAUCUAUUUUUAUUAAUUGUAAUUGACUAAUUUAUUAUUUUGUGAUCUUUCAUUUUCUUUUGGUAAGCAUAUUUUAUUUAUUUUAUUGUUUUUUUAUAAUUUAAAUGUUCCCUUAGUAAUUGUAUUUACUCUUAAUAUUUAUUAUAAUUGUUGUACUGUUUUUUAUUCAUUUACCCUUUUUUAAAUUAAUGUUCUGUUUUUAUGUAUCAUUCUUAUGAUUUAAUUCAUGGUAUUUUAAUAUCCCUGCUAUAUUUCUAAUUUAAAAAUUAUUCUCUAUGUGUUUGAGUUCUAAAUAGUUGACUGAAAUGUGAUUCAGGUCUUAUGCAUGUGUCAUGUGUUCCAAUAAAGUGUUAUCAAUAUACCAAAAA